AUGACCUUUCAAUUGGCCAACCAUUCUAUUAAGUUCCCAAAGGGUAGAAUUGAGGAUGUGCCCCUCAAGAUAGGAGAGUUCACUAUCCCCGUUGACUUCAUUGUGCUAGAAAUUGCGAAAGAUGACAACAUUCCUAUCAUUCUAGGGAGGCCAUACUUAGCAACUUUGGGUGCUUUGAUAGAUGUGAAAGGUGGCAUGAUUACUUUGUGUGUUGGUAAUGAUAAGGCAAGUUUUAAGCUCAAGUCGAUGCAUGAGUCUUUAUCCUAUGUGAAAGAAAUUAUGUGCAUAAAUUCAUUGCCUUCGAAUGUUAAUGAUUCCAUGUUUUUGUCUUCUACUAACGAUAUGCUUGUAGCUUGUGAUGAUGUUCCUAAAAGUAUUGAAAUCAAGGUUGUUAGUGAAGAAGACAAGGAUCCCUCGAAGCUUGAGGAUGAUUUUGAAAUGCCUUCUUGGUUUGAGCUUUCUUUGAAGGAUGACAAGAAUAGUUUUUCAAGUGGUGGAUAUGAGGAUCUCAAAGCUCCAAGGAAGAAGAAAUCAAGGAAGAAAAAGAGAGUUUCUAAGAAUAUAAAAGGAAGUUGA